ACUUUGGAACCAGGGCAACACAUUUGCAAGUCCCUGUAAUCACAUACAGUAUGUCUUGAAAGCUAUAAAAGCCAAAAGGCGAAGGCACAAGAAUUAGUCUUCAGAGAAAGAGGGGGACUCUUCUUACCUUAAGGCUUCCAGGAGCUCAACCCAUGAUGUUGGGUUACAAGCUCUGCCUUGUGCUGUUUCUGGGCACAUGCACACUAGCCCAGCAAGAUGUUGGAAGUGUUGAGGAACCAUCUCCAGCCUGCUUUUUGGCCAAAAGAUACAGGCACUUCAGAAGAUUUGUGUAUGACUACGAAGCUGAGACCUUUAACACUGUGAAUGGAGCUACAGACAAUAAAAGCGGCCCCAAAGUCUCCUGCACAGUUGAGGUUGAUGUGCCCCAGACCUGUAGCUUCAUCCUCCGCACAACAGACUGCUCUCUGAGCGAGGUUGUUGGCGUUGACGAUGAGGGGAAUCCACUGUAUCGUCCUGCUGCUGGAGCUGAGGCUUUCAAAGCUGCCAUGGAGAAAAACACUCUAAAGAUCACAGUCGAAGGACAGACAGAUGUCAGGCUGUACCCUGAGGACAAUGAGCCCGUCAACAUCCUCAACAUCAAGAGAGGAAUUGUCUCAGCUCUCAUGGUGCCUGGGAUGGAAGAGGAGAAGAACAAUGAAAUGCCCACCGUGCACGGAGCGUGCUCCACCGACUUCACCAUCAACAACAAACAGGACAUUGCUACUGAUGUGACAGUCAGCAGGGAUCUGUCCAGAUGUGACUGGUUCACUGCCCGCAGACAGGACACCAGUCCCCUGGCUCUCGUCUCUGGCAUGAAAACCGGCCUGUCCAAGCUGAUCAGGAGCACUCAGAGCUGUAACUACAGGUUUGACAACCAGAAGAAACACAUGACCAGUGGAACCUGCACAGAGAAACACAUCUUCCUGCCCCUGUCCCAUGAAAACCAAUAUGGAAUUUCUGCUAUGGUGAAGCAGACUGUGACUCUGAGAGCGACUGCCAAGAUCAAUGACAGAAUCUUUGAUCACAAUGAGGACAAUAUUUGGAACUUGGCC